UGGAUCUGAUGUUCAGUUGCAUCGCGCUCGCGAUUACGUGCAACUGUUUCAUUUCGGUUGCACUAUAUCGGUUUUUAGUUUAAGAUUUUUACCCUUUAUUUUUGCGGUUUUUCUCCUUCGCGGAGUAUCAAAAAAAUAUAUAAUAAUGUUUGACUAAGUUGAGCGGUUUAAGUAGCUAGUUUUUUCCCUUAUUCUGUGCUGUCUUCUUAGUUUAAAAAGUGUUUGUAAAAUAUUGAAAAUUUUACGUAAAUUUUCCCACAUAACCUACAAAAUUAUUUGGUUUUUUUGUGCGCGUAUUCAACCCGAAAAGUGGCAAAAGAAAUAUCAUCGUGUCAUCAAAAUCCUAAUGUAAACAACAAACAGGAAAAUGGAUCACAUCUAGAAUAAAUAGAAAUAUUCAUUCGAAACUGACAGGCAGGCGCAAGUGUCAACAAAGGCGGCCAGGCCAAGAGAAGACCGGGAAUAGGCCAUAAAUUAUUUGGUUCAAGUGCAGCAGCAAGAGUCGCCAUGAAUCUGUAUACUCUAUACGAUUGGAUCACAUCCUUGCUCCGACCGCACAGCGCCAGUGUUAGCUACAAGGCAAUCGAAGCGGCAGCAGUCGAGGAGUUGCCAGCAACAUUAUCCCAAGCAGCAACAACAUCCCAGGCAGCAGUCACAUUAUCCCAGCAAGCAGCAACAUUAUCCCAGCCAGCAGCAACAUCUCAGCCAGCAACAACAUCUCAGCCAGCAACAUCCCACGACGCUGGAACAACACAAAAAACUUGUGUGGAUGUUGAGUUUGUGCCCACGCUAAAUUUUCUGUUCGAGAAGCCAACAACAACAACAGCAGCAACAUCUUCUGAUGCGCAACAGUUUUCCGAGCAAACACAACAUGUUGCCAACGCGGCGGAUAAUGAUGAACCUGCAGAUGAUUGCACCUCCAUCGUCUCCGAGGAAUCCAAUGAUUCCACGCACACUUACAUAAUCUCCAGGAGCAGUUGGACUCCAGCCACAUCGAGCAGUACACCCUAUGCGGUCACCUCCACAGAUACCGCCGAAUUAAUCAGGAGGCAGAACAAUCUCAGUCUCACCGAGGAGGAGGACCAGUCGGCAGUGUCAUCGUUUAGCAUAGAACAACCCACCAGUUCCAUGACCAUUGACAUGGCUGAUCAGCAGACGACAGCAACAACGACCACAACUACCAGCAGUGUGGAUGUGGUGGCUGCAAACACCACGACGACUACAACUACAACAACUAGUAGUAGCAUUGAGGAGGAUAUCGAGGAGGCCAUAGAGAUCAGUGAGGUGGAGGAGCAACUGAAUUCGCCACUCGAAUCCCUGUCGGAGGCAGCUGCUUUUGCUCGGCCUAAAGAGCAGCCAUCGAGUGCCAAAAGCUUGGAUAGCAAUCUGGAGGAGGAAGAAGUUAAUGAGGAUGAUGAGGAUGAAGAUGCAGAUGAGUUUCGGAUUGAUGAUGCCGAGCUGUCUGGUGGCAAUUUGGCCCAGCACUUUUUGGUGGAUGACAGCGAAGAGGAAUCUGAUCUACCUGCUCCCGCUUCCAAAGUGGAGGUUACUCUCUCCUCCAAUGACGAUGACUUUGACAUUAGUUUGCCUUUGGAGCAGAGGAAACCAGUGCAUUCCCUGCACGAAGAAGAAGACUCUGUGGAUCAGAGUUUAAGUAACCAAAGCACCACGGAUGAUGUUUCUGAGUUGGCUGAAGAGCCGCCACAUGAAGCGGAAGACAAGACCCAGGAGAGUGAUGAUGCCCCGCAGGAAACUCAUGUAGAUGAAAGCCAAAUGACCGAAGAGCAGGAUCAUUCAAUGGAGGAAAUUUUGGCCACCAAUGAAUCCAUUGAGGUCACUUAUGAAGCGGAGGAAACCGCCAAUACAAACUCACAAAAAGUGGAGUUAAUCACGGACUUGGAUGAAGAAGAACAGGAACAGCAGGAACAGGAGCAGCAACCGGCAAGACUCACAUCCACAGUGGAAACUUUAAUAUUGCCACCGCUCCAGGAGCCAAAAGUGGUGGAGAACAAAGUGGCUAGGGCUCUGACCACCCUGCGUUUAAAGCCCGAGUUAAUGGAGCCGUUGGAACUAACCCUUUUGGAAGUAGAAGAGGACGAAGAUGAUGAUGAGGACGAUGAAGAGAGUUCUCUGCAGCUAAUGAAGCUGCGUUUGAUGGCCAUGAAUCAGCAGAUAAUCACAGACAAUGCACCCAAGCUUUCGCCCACGGAAGCAGAGCAGGCACAAGUAACUAGCACUAGCACUAGCCUGGAACUUAAGCAAAUGGAGCGUGUGCCUCUAACGGAAUUCUCCAAGGAUGUUCUGGAGGAUAUCACUGAGGAAAGCGAACGACAGCUGUCCAUGAGCACCACUAUUGAAGAAGAACAGGAACCACCUUCUCUGUCCCUGGAUGAGUCACGAACACUGCUCCUGCAGGCAGGAGUACAUAAACCCGGAGCCGUAGAAAGCAGCUCCAGUAUAAUGCAACAAUUAGAGGCCAAAGUCCAGGAGUUGCACACUCAAUUGGAGACCAAAGACAAUUGUUUGGCCUCCUUGAAUCUGCAACUGGAGGCGGCCAGAAGGGAAUCCAGUGCGGGCCCAGCUUCAGCCAGGGAUUCCAGCUCCAUGAUGACCAACUCCACAGAGUAUCGCACUCUCCAGGAUGAGCUGGGUGGACCGACCCUUGACAUCUAUGUGGAGAUGUCCCGGCGGGAUGAAAUGAUAGCCAAGCUCACGGAUUCCCUGCAGCAAUCCCUGACUGUGCGCGAGAAACUUCAAAUGGAUUCAGAUCGCCUGGGCGGAGAAGUACAGAACUUACGCCGUCAGCUUCAAGAUGCCAUCGAGUCAAUGAAACGUUCCAGCGUUGGUUGGCCCGAUCAGGAUCAGGAGAAUCCUAACCAGCGUCUGUCAGAGAUCUCCAUGGAUCUGAUCAGUGAAAGUGACGACGACUUGGAUCGGCAUUUUCUCACCGAUAACGAGGAGCGUGUAUCGCGUAGCUCUAGAGAGAGACAGUUGCCUCAGUUCCCAGCCAACAUCAAUGAUGAACUGCAGCCGGAAUGGACACCGGCCUUUAGCAAGCAAAUCGAGCAAUUUCACACUUACCUUUUGCCCACGGAACAGAGAAUAUUCCUUAUGGUUCAGCGCAAAUUCGAUGACUAUUUGGGCCAGCAGCUGGCCUCGUGUCGGGAUCAGGGCGUUCAGGAGCUAAAGAUUGCACGGGAUCAGUGGGAGAGCGAGAAGCAAACCGCCGAACAGGUUCAGCAGGCAGCCCAUGCCAAGCAGAUGGAGGAGCUGCGCAAGUACUUUGAGAACAAGUGUGCUGAUUUGGAGAAACAGUUCUCGGACGAUGUCUUCUCGCACAAGUCCCAGCAUCUGGCUAGCGAUAGCUCUUCGGAGUGCUCCGAAAUGGAUCAGCUGGUGGAGGAUGAGGUGGUUGUUGCGGCGGCGCCUGCAGCUUCCUCCAAAGAGCCAUCGCCACGCAAACGAAAGCGAGCCGAGCUCCUGCUCAGUCCGAGUCACAGGCAGAUGACACCUUGUGGCCUGGACUCCCUGGGAGGAGAUAACCCAGCAGCGGCCAAAGAUCUUUCUCAGGAUAUAACCGAUCUGAAGAACUUCUACCAAGCCCAUAUCAAGGAGCUAAGGCGGUCGCAUGAGGAUCAGGUGCGCAAGCUAAGCGACCGUGUCAAGUUCUAUGAGCGUCGCCAGGGAGACGAUGACUACAAGCCUGCAAGCGAAUCACCCGCGCGUACCUGUGGCGCCGGAGAGGGGCCCGCGAAUACCUCGCUGAUCAUCAUCGAUGAGGAUGAGCUGAAUUUGAACAACGAAUCCCAGGUGAUCCAGCGUAUAAUUGAGGAGUAUGAGAGGAGGUUGCAGGAGCAACUUGCUUUGGCCCGUCAGGACAUAGCCAACGAGUUGGAGCAACAGAUUCAGAAUUUGUUGUCGGAGAAUACCGUGGACGAUCAGCAUUGGCCCAAGGAGCUGAUCUUGCUGCGCGAGAAGUUUACGGCCAAAAGUCAACUGGAGAUCACUCAGCUGAAUAUUAAACAUGCCGACGAGAUGUCGCGCCUGAAACUAGAAUUCGAAAAGCAGUUGAAUCGUAAGAACAAGCGCCAUUCCACCUUCGAUGCAGCCCGUGACCUGGAGCAGGUGAUCUGCGAACGGGAUGGCCUCAAGGAGCUCUCAAAGAGCUUCCGCAGCGUACUCAGCCGGUUGGCCAAGUGUGUGGCCAACUGUGAGGAGGAUCUGAACUCUACGCUCUCGGAGGAAGUGCAACGUCUCUUGCUGCCUCACAGCCGCAGCCAGGAUGCCGCCGAUGAGCUGGAGGUCACGCUCAGUGGUUCCCUGAAUAACACCAGGCAGUUGCUCCGUGUGCCGGAUGUUCACAGUCUGCUGGAGGUGGUGGAGGAUCCCAGUCUGGUGCAGUUUAUAGACAGCAAGAGCAAUGAGGAGGCUAGCGAGGAUUUUGAUUUGAAUGAUUGCUUGGAGCGCCUGAAGUUGGAGGCUUCUUACUUGCUCCACUUGUCGGAGGAUUUGCACAGGCCACGAGGUCAGGAUGAGGCCUCAGAGGAAGCUCUAGAUGAGCCGGAGAAGCAAGAGCACGAACUCUGCUGCGAGGCGGAAGAUGGCCUUAAGACCACAGCAGCUGUGCUGUCUAAAUUUCUGCGCACCAACUCCUUGAAUGACCAGCAAAUGGGCGUGGCCAAUCAGCGCAAGAGCAGCAGUCCGGAGGCAGGAAAAACCCACACCUCUUUGCCUCCAGAUCUUUAUGAGCAGGAGGGCAAUGCCUCGCAGUUAUCUUUCCAGCUGGUGGAGCUCAAGAACAGGCUGAUUAAAUCGGAGACUGAUCGCCAAAAGCUGCAGCAGCAACUGAGUCACACCAUUGAUCGCAAUGCCGAGCUGGGCCAGGAGUUGCAGGCUUUGAGGGAUCAGCUUUCCCAGCUAAACUCCUUGAAUCAUACAGACUACAACGAGGGUUAUGGCCUGGGGGGACCUGGACUGAAAAGUCUGCAGGAGCAGGAGGGAUUGGAUCAGUCGUCCGCCAGUUUUGUGGCCCUGCAGGAGAGGGCGCGUCACCUGCUCUCCUCAUCCUCGCCGGUUAAGGACACACAACCUUUGAUCAGAGAUCAAGGAAACUCCACUGUCAUACUCUUACAAAUGAUUGAAGACUUUUGCCGCGAGGGCGACAAAGUGGUGGAGUGCGGCAAAAAGGAUCGCGAGGAUCUGCAGUCUCAGAUCGAUACCGCUGACAAGCAGCUGAAGGACACCAGGCGUUUCCUGGAGGAUCAGGCCGCUGAACGCGAACAGGAACGCGACGAGUUCCAGCGCGAAAUUGAAAGGCUAAAGGCCCAAUUGCGUGACAAGGAGAAGGAGCAUAGCUCCUAUGCCAAUGCCUCCGAGGAGUACGCCCAGCUGGAGGGUCAGUUGCGUGAGGUGAGCCACCAGCUCAGCGAAUCGAAUGCCAAACGGGACAAGUUUGAAGUUGAACUAAAAGCUUCGAUUGACAAGAUUUUUGUCCUGCGGGAAAUCAUCUCGGAACUGGAGACCCAAGUCCAGACCAAGGCCAUCAACGAACAGGUCCUGACCGAGAAGACCAAGCAAUUGGAGGACUAUGUCAAUUUGCAGAUCAAGGAAACCGAUGCCCUGCAGCAGGAGGUGCAUAGUCUGAAAACGGACAUUGGAGAGGGCUAUCAAUCACGCAUCAGAUUGCUGGAGGAGAAGCUGCAACUGGGAAGACCCACUGCUGAGCAGGGCCAGGUUCUCAAACAAGUGGCGGAAAAGCUGCGUGACAUUGAGACCACCCUGGAGCAGAAGACCAAGGUCCUGGAGUCACUGCACAACUCCAACACGGCCUCCAAUUCAACGAGCUUGAGUGUCACCGAAGAUGUCUCUGUUCAUGGCAGCAAGAAUCGCACGGCCGAGGGCUCGCCAACCCAUACAUCGCUAACUAUUGAGAAUGUGCAACGGGUCACCGAGAAGCUGGACAAGCACACCCGGGUGGAGGAAGCGGCUAUCAAGCGGAUACGCGAUCUGGAAAUGCAGGCGCAGCAAAUGCGUACCGGCUUUAUGGAUCUCCAACAUGAGCGGGACUCGCUGCAGGGUCGCAUGGAUGAGCAGACCCAUCGUAUAUCCACGCUCCAGAAUCGCCUGGAGGAGCAACGCCAGCGGGCCGAGCAACUGCAUCGUGCUGGCACCUCUGAUCUCACCACCAAAGUCCAUGAACUUCAGGGUGAAGUCCAGAAUCUUAGCGAGCAGUUAUCUGCACGGGACAAACAAAUGGCCACCAUGCGGCAGCAGCUGCAGCGCAGCAAAGAGGAGAUCAUGCGACUCGAAGCAGAGGUCACAGUGCGCACCCAGCCAGAUCGCAGUUUGGUGGACAAGCUGAAGGCAGAGGUUCAACAAAAGGGCGCCGAGAUAGGCAAGCUCAAGGAGAAGAUACGCACGGAGAUGAUCAAUCGCCUGGCCUUGCCGGAUCUCAUGCAGACCAUGCUGGCGGACAAAAAUGAUGAAAUUGAUCACCUACGCGAUCAGCUGGAUGCAAAGGAGAAGGAGCUGCUGCAGGCUACUCAAGCACAGGAUGUCAGCCCGGCUUCAUCGCCGGCAGGAGGAGGAGAAGGAGGAGCGGGUGGAAAGCUAAGUGCACGCACUCUUAGCGAUAUAGGAUCGAUUACCGAGUUCCCCGAGCCGGAUGUGGAUCGGCGAGCGGCCAUGCGCAGCCUGAAUGCUCCUUUACACAUGACAGACGGUGCGGGCGGCUUCCUGCAUCAGACAAUGGAGACCUCCAAGGAGGCUGUGGCUAAUUUAACCCACAAGCGCACCGAUGACUUGAGUGGUUUUAUGGCCCCGUAUCCGGUGAACACCUUUGAGCAUCCCCAUUACUUCCAGGCCUUGGGGGUUACUGCUCAGAGCAGCGAUGGCCUUACACCUGGCCUGGUGCCGCGGCAGAUCAACUUCUCGAACCUCACAGAAGACUCCAAGGUCAACAAGACACCCAGCAUGAUGGUGAUGCGCACACCGGAGAUGCCCAGGCCCAUGACCCCACCAGAAGUACACCAAUUGCGACAGAAAGUGUCCACUUUGGAGCAGGAGAAGCAGCGUCAACAGAGUGAAUCAGAGAAGAACUUGCAGGAUCUGCAAAUGCAACUAGAGCAGGAAAAGGAGCAAGUCAAUCGACAGUCACAAAGUCACCAAGAAAGUGAACAAAAAUACAGACUUCGCAUUGAGUCCUUGGAAUCCAAGAUCCUGGAGGCUGCUGCCCAGGAGGCCGCCGAGCGUGAGAAUCUCCGCAAGGAGCUCAACUACGUAAGCGUUGCCCAUGGCCACUGUGAGGAUGCGGCUGCUGCCCGCAAGCGAGAGCUUGAAGCUCUCAAUGCGGAGGUAAAAGUCAAGGCUGAUCAGUUGCAGGCUGCUCUCCGACGCUGCGGGGAGCUGGAACUUCAGGUUCUCACCUUAGAGCGGGAUCUAGAGCGUCUCAAGAACAGCGAGAACAGCUCGAAGCAGUACUCCGUGGAUGAGAUUGCCCAACAGGUGGAAAAAGAGCUAAACUACUCCGCCCAGUUGGACUCGAAUAUACUCAAGGCCAUUGAAAGUGAAGACGAAAACAAUCUGGACAAGAAACAGCAGCAGAAGGAGGUCCAAACGGAGGAGGAGGAGCACCUGCUACCUGGCACUGGUAAUGGCACUGAUGAUGAGAACUUCACCGGCGAACGGGAGUUGCUGAAUCAGCUGGAGGCACUCCGUGCACAGCUGGCCGUGGAGCGUGAACAAUGCGAGACCAUGAGCAAGGAGCUGCUUGGGGAGAAGCAGCAUUCACAAGACAUCCAAGAGCAGGAUGUAAUCAUCAUUGAGGCCAUGAGAAAGCGUUUGGAAACCGCUCUCGAUGCGGAAGAUGAGCUCCACAAGCAGCUGGACCAGGAACGCGAGCGUUGCGAGCGUCUUCAAACACAGCUGACUUCCCUGCAAAGAGCAGAGAGUCGAAGGAACAGUUCUCUGCUGCUCAAAUCUCCCGGAGAUUCCCCACGCAAAUCCCCGCGUGCUGACUUCGAGUCGGAACUUGGCGACCGGCUGCGCAGUGAGAUCAAGAUGCUCGUGGCUCAGAACGAACGAGAGCGUGAGAGAUCGGCGGAUGCCCAGCGUAGCAGCGAGCGGGAACGCCAGCGUUACGAAACGGAGCUCCAAGAGCGAGUGGCUUACUGUGAGCGACUCAAGCAGGAGAUGGAAAAGCUGUCCCGGGACAAGGAGUCAGCAGAAGCCGAACUGGAACACUUCAACGAGCGUUUAACCCUCCAAGCCAGCGAGGUUGAGAGUCUGGAGGCAAGGCUGGUCACCCUGCAAGAGGCGGAGACCCGCAGGGCCACCACUCGCACCCGCCAGCAUCAGGAGAAUGUUCAGCUUCAGGCCGAGAUCCAUGAGCUGCGCUCUAAGCUGCUAGCAGCCGAAGCAGCUAAAGACUCGCUCGACCAAAAGAUCGUCCAACUCCGCUUUGAUGUGAGUCGCUCGGGUCAGAGGGAAGCCAAGCUGGCCGAGGCUUUGGCCCAGGCCAACGAUCGCUUGGCCCACAGCACCACCGAUGACACUGUGCCGGCCCAGUUCCUGCAGAAGAUGAAGGAGAUCAACACGCUGCUGGUGGAGAAUACGCAGGAGAACAAGCAAAUGGCCGAGACGGUGCAGUUUUUGGUGGGCGAAAGGCUGGCGCUGCAGAAGAAGUGCGAGGAGCUGAUGAGUGGCUCUGGGAAUACCAAUGUAACCGAGCUGGAGGAGCGCUGCCGGCAGCUGAUAGGUCGCUAUCUGCGUGUAGAGUCGCAUCGCAAGGCUUUGGUCUACCAGAAGCGGUAUUUGAAGCUCACCUUGGAGGGUUACCAGGCCAGUGAGCAGCUGGCAUUGCAGAAUCUGCGAGGAGCACAGACUGGUAGCCAGCGGAAUAUUAAAAAGAAGUUCAAGACUGUUGCCCUGGCCAUCAUUGCCAUUCAGCGAAUCAAGUAUAUAGGACGCAUUUGGCACACGGGCAAGCGGAUUGUAAGCAAGUCCGUCUUUACAAUAACUCAGCAAAGAAGUCCUGGACUCAAUAUGAAUGUGGCUCCUACUCUGCCAUCUCCUUUGCCUGUGCCCAACUCCUCGAACCUACCCACCAAUAAUAAUAGCCACAGCCUGACGGGACGCCUGAGCUAUGCACCCGUCUCGCCACCGAUGGUCAACUACAGCACAUUGCAGCCUAUAGUGUUGCCAUCGGAUUUUAACCUCCAAGCGCCAACCACAUCGUUGCAGAAUUCUAUCUCAAAUAAUAAUAGUAAUGAUGCCAAUGGUCUGCCUUCUUUGGCCAGAUUAGACUGGCCAACGAUGCAGAAGCCCAAAAGAGCGCAUGCGCGGCAUCAUUGAGGUGAAGGAAAGCCACCUUAACUUAAGUAAAGCCAUAAAUCGAAGACAUUUUCUAAGAGCAUGAGAUCCAUUUUUAGAUUAAAAAAAUUACCUGUAAAUCCCCCAUUCUCUCCCCUUGAAAAACUAUGUUUUAAGCUGUUGUGUAACCUAGUUUAAGGAUUCGCGCAAAAACCACACCAAACUUAGGCAUGUAAUUGAUCGUCUGUAAGUGUUAUUUGUAUUAUUACCGCCCAAGUGUAGACGUAAGCAUAAACCCAAUCCAAGUCCCAGUAUUUUUUAAAUUUUGUUUAAGCAGAGACCCUAUUUAAUUUGGAUUUAACUGUCUAAGUUUAUUUUUAAUAAGUUUGAUUAAACCGAAAUUGAUUUUA